AUGAGGAAAUUAAAAGAUAGAGAAGAAAUAACUAUCUGCCGGAAUCACGUGACCGUAAGAGUGGGAGAAUUAGAAUUUACAAAGGAACUAAAUUGCGAAGGAAAGAAAACUCAUACACAACGAAUUCACGAAAAUCUACCUUUGUAUGUAAAGGAUCUAGAUCGACCAGGGAUGGAAAUUUCCAUAAUGUCUAAUCCAAUCAUUAGAAAUAAUUGGGAGGAAAAAUUCACUUAUUUAUGCAAUAUUUUAAAGGAUGAAAAAUUUAAUAAGCGAACUAAUAGCGAUACUCUAGAACUGUAUAUUCAAAUAGGAGAAUUAUUAGCUAAAAAAGGCUGGUGCGAGUCUGUUAAAAAUAAAUUAAACCUUUAUUUUAAUAACACCGUCCAGGAUCUUAAUAUUAGCAUUCUUUCAUACAUGUCCGAGAAAGACUUUAAUGAAGUUUUAUUAGUAGAAGCCAAACGAUUAAAAGAAAAAGAAAUGACUUCACGGGAUUCGCAGGAGCUCAUCCUUCAAAGGGGGGAUGAUGUUAUGCCCGAAAUGGAAAUUCAAUAA